AACGCAGCGUGCGACUUGAGGCUGCUUUAGGCGCCAAAAUGAGUCACCUCCUGAAGCAAAUAGCCCAGCACAACGCGCCGGGGCCGCGGGCCGCAGUGCCAGUGGAGGAUCGAUCAAUAAGGGUGGUGCUCGGCGGCCAACAGGCUGCCCCAUCACUUGGGCGGCGCUCGUCGGGCGACGAUGAUGCUGCGCUCGCGCACGCCGAGGCGCAGCGGAUGUUUGGAGCACCACCACCCGUCGACGCUACCGCCGCCCAGCGCGAGGCGCAGCGCUUGUUUGGUGGGUGCGGCCGGGCGCCGCCGCCGCGCCAGAGCUUGCACGGCGAGCCAACCCAGACGGAGCCAGAGGAUCGCCGCUUCGAGCCGCUGGAUCCGUCGGAGCUCCCGGCGGUGGGCGUGGCGUCGGAGAACGCCCAGACGUUGUACGAAACGGCAGUAGUAGACGAGCCGACGAACCGUCCGCCACGCCGCGCCGCUUCGACGCGGCCACGCCGAUACCCCGGCGAGAGCUCGAGCGAGGAAGAGGAGGAGGAGGACGUGAGCGACGCCGACCUGUCUUCGAGAAAAUUUGUCGGCGUGACGACCGCGCACGGCCACGCGAGGGCGCGGAUCAAGCAUGCUGGCGAAGAGCUCGACCUUGGUACAUUUGAAACGCCUGAGCUUGCGGCGCGGGCGUAUGACGCGAAGGCGCGCGAGUUCGGGCGGCCGGUGAACUUCCCGCGGGCCGGCGAGAAGCAGGCGAUACGCCAACGACGAGCGCCCCCGAAGAAACGGGCGCGAGCGACGCCACCGCCGCGCGUCGACCCGCCGGAGACGACUUUCUCGUACGACCAGCUGAUGUUCGAACGCGACACCAUGCGCGCGGAGAGGGACUCCCUGCUGAUCGAACGCGACGCAUUGCGGUCGGAAAGAGACACACUCCGGGGGCAACUCUCAGCCACGACGGCCUUCAAGGACCAGCUCCUGGCGGCGUUGCUGAAGCAGCGACCGGCGAGUAGCCCACCAAACGUGACGGCAAGCGUCGCCAUCAGCAACAAUACGAUCGAAAUGUCACCGACGAUGUCGAACAACCAAACCUCGAACCAGACCAAACCAGGCAAAAAUGGGGUUCGCGGGGCGCAAUAAGAAUGGCU